GCGACCUAAACGGGCUGCAUGUUUCUACUGUAAUAUGGCCUUCGUCGCCACAUGAGCCAUGCAGGGCGAGGCCGCUGCUGGGUAUCUUGAGCAGCAGCUGAAGACUUGGCGGCAGAGCUUUGAGGCCCGCAAGGCUGCACGACUUGGAUCAGAACGAUGGCAAGAGAAUGGCGCUCAAAGUGUGGCGCAGACGCCACAGAGGGAGCUAUCAGGCAAUGUGUACACUCCGUUCUCAUCCGUGAGAAGCGGUAGAAGUGCUUCUCUUCCUGCACCAAGGCUUGGUAGUGAGGUGCUUCAGACCCGCUUCAGUCCGCCACUGGACCUCAAUACUCCAACCUCACCAGUCCCGAACGCUCGGGCAAUUCGGGCAUACAUGCUAAACGCCUGCCUCAGUGAACCUUUCCAAGGUUCAACUUUGCCUCAAGCAGCUCGAGCGCCGCAGUUGAAGGAUCCGGGCCAUGAGUCCACAGUCGAUCGUCCAGCAGCAUUGCGAGCAAGCCCUAAAGCGCUGGACACAGGCAUAUUUGUAGCACAAGAUGUUCAGACACCUGAAUCUUCGCCUUUCUUUGUCGAUAAAGUCCGGUUUGGUCCACCUCACAGUGUGAGACCUCAAAGGUUUGCGAGUCCACAAGGGACUUUCGGAGCAAGCUGCUUAAGCUCUAGCUCCCCAAGCUGCACACCAGUCACGCAGUUUGCAGGCGUCGCAGCCACCAUGACUUCCACAGUGGCCGAGGACAGAUUGCAGCGCCGGCUACAUCAGGCGCGCGCCGCUAUGGUUAGGUGUGACGAGGAGCUUCAAAAGCUUGCUGCAGAGGAAGUGGCAGAGAUAGAAGCAGAAAACUGCACAAAGGCACGCGGUGAAGGCCUACACAAUCAGUUGGAUAUGGAGCAAAUCGAACAAGAGCUCUUUGAUUGCAAGAAGAGGGUUGCACGGCUAGAGCACUUGAACAAGAUCCAGAUAGGCUAUGGAGCUGAGGAGGCUCCCAGCGAUGCAUCUACUUCCGCAAGCUUUGGCGUUGAGGACACCUGGCAGCAGCGUGCAGAGGCUUUGCGUGAUGAAUUGCUGCGUCAGUCAGCGAUAGUGACUGAAUUGCAGGACCGCAUCCACUGGUUGCGAGCGCAGCUCCGAAGGCAGCCUGGGCUUCAGGAUAAGAGGAUGCAAGAAAUUGUCGACACUUUUGCUGAAAUGGCGGAGAUGGUUCCCAAGUACGAGCGAGUUGCUGCAAUUGGUCAGCUUCUCGCUGAGAUUGCAAAUCAAGCAACCUAUGUGGGCGAAGAAACCUAAAGGAAACCAUGAAGGAGAUUUGGAAAUGCCCUAUCAGUUUGGCCGCAAUACGCGGACUGAGAACUGACGACUGUAUAUAGAGUGAAGAAAGGAGUCACAGAUCCAAGGAUGGGCGUAGAAGCAACACUCGUACUUGUGAUGAGUUUACUCCCAUUUACUGGAUUUGUCGGAACUCUAGAUUCGCAUGAGUUUCACGCAUUCCAUCAAAAGAGGUUCAGCGUGAGCUACCUGAAUUCUGGUUUGGGAAGUAUUUUGGGGGCCCAGCGCACAAGUCUCGAUGUUUGGAAAUUAAGAUGUUCAAGCCCUUCCUUCCCUCGCUCAUAUUGAAGGUUCACGUAUUUCCUUUCUCAGGAAUUGGUCUUCUUGACCUCACCUUGCUUUAGCAACUCUCGUGUUAUCUCAACUUGCUAUCCUGGCCCUCUCGCGCACCGCUGUCCUGCAUGCAUCCUUUCGGUCGUCAUUUCUUCUUUGGCGAGGCCAGCAGCCCAUGAAACAAUGAACUCGUCAGCGUGGCCAGAAACUUAUGGUCCUUUAGGAGUCCAGCAUGCGAAGCCCUUUCACCAACACCCACGUACAAUACUAGAAGGUGGGUCAUGUUUUGAAGAGAGAAGGUCACAACGCGAGCACCAAGCAGUUUAAUAGGCAGCCAUUGGAAAGCGGCCACGCGCGAGCCUAGCGGUGCUACGCAAACUUAGCAGGAAGGUCUCCGCAGAGCGGCAUCAGCAGGGCCUGUUCAAUCCAAGAUACAUCUUCUUAUAGCAACCACUCAUUUGGGCUUUGCUGGAGAAGUCUACGGCAUGCACUAUGUGUUUGUCCAACUCAAGAUCAGUAUUCGAUUGUGGAUGAGUCAGGGGUCCCUCAAUAAGCGAGAUACCAUGUGACUUGCAACUAAAAGAGUCUUAACCAGAUGAUGUAACUCCUACUAAAGUAGUCAAAACGAGAUGGGGCCCCUCAAAAUAGAAAGCACAUUUGAGUUUAGUGCCAAAUAUACAAAUUCUACGGCUCCUGUAAGAAAACAGUAUGGUGUUUUCUCUCAGCCCUAAUAAGGCCUUGGUCAAAGAUGUCAAAGGUGAAUCCGCAAAGCGCCAGCCAAAAAUAGAGAUGCGUAUAUAAUGUAUAGUCCACCCUGCUCAUCGAGAUGAAUCGCAACCGUCUCGUCUCAGCUAACCUGGAAAUGUCAAGAAUGUGUUUUUAAUGCUUUUGGAAUUCAUCCCUCCCUUUGACAUCCGAAACUUGCUCAGAAGACCCACACCCGCAGCUGUCUCAAGUUUCACCCAUUCUACGACACGAGUUGCACUUUGCAGCAGGAAUCGGGAUCUAGGGCAAUGGUAGAUAAAGCAAAGGUCUUGCAAGUUUACUCUG